AGGUUUAGUUCUACAUCGAAAUCAGACUGUUAACUAAUGAUUCGUCUGCUCAGCGUGACUGUAGUGUACACGAACAAUUGAUUCGAUAUCGUUAUUUGGAUACGUGUGUUUACAAUCAUGUAACGUUAUUUUGGAAGUGUUCCAAAGUUUCUUUUUCAAGUAGUCAAAGGCAGUGACAAAAUGGCAGGAUCUCAUUAUAACAGCCGUUCUAAUGUGUAUGCAUACCCUUUGAACCCUAUAGGAAGAGAAAGACAUCAUAGACCUUUUUCAGAUAAUAGUCAUGUUAGUUCGGGAAGGAACUUAUCUAGAAGUGUUAAAGCACCUUCUUCCAAUACAGACCAAGCAUUCGAAAAUUAUGAUAGCAAUUUAAAAGUAAGAGAAAAAAGUAAUUUUGCCACUUCCUUGCCAUACUCUCAAAGAAAAGCAGACCAACGAGGAAGUCAAAUCAAUUCACAAUCAUAUCACACUGGUUAUCAUGGUGGUGAAAUGCAAGACGUAGGCAAUCUUUCACGCCUGAAUAACGGUUCAAUGAGACAUACUUCUGUAGGCACAGACAGAGACGUGAUAACUAAUUAUAAUUCGGAUACAAAUAGAAUUCAUCACACGAGUGGUGGUAGGCUCCUCUCUCCAAAAGCAAGUAUACAUGGUGAUGAAAGUCGAGAGACACAUAAAAGCAAAACGCUUAGCUCUAGAACAUACACUAAUCAAAUGCCAAAAAGUAACACUAUUUCCACACUAUCUGGCAGUCAUAUAAGCUGUAGUAGUGCAAAACACCAUAGAGCAUCAAGUUCAAAUUAUGUUGAUGAGCAUCUAUAUAAAAACGAUGAACAUGACAUUCAUACGCAAUAUUGGCAAUCAGGAGAAAAGGGAACGAAGAAAUUUACAACCGAAACAAAUGCAUAUGGCGAUAUAGGUGAAUACAAGUAUAAAGACAAUUCAUGUGCUAAUGGCAAUGAAACCAACGAAUACCAAACGUAUAGAAAUAAUGCCAGACACCAAUCACAUUUGCAUGAUGAUGUUAGGUCUGAAAAUGUUUCAGACAAUUCACGUGACAGAAUCAUUUAUGAUAGUCCAACGAAAUAUUUAAACAAUGUAAAACAACACUCUUCAGUUGUGUCAGAUAUUUUAAACAAUUCAAGUCAAGAACAACAACAGCAAAAUAUAUCUGGCUUUGCCAAGGGAGAUCCGCAAUCAUAUGUAAAUCCCAAAACUUCUAAUGUGUCUUCAAGGGAUAGUUUAUCCUUGGAAAAACAAACACAUCAAUUAACAGCUGAGAAUAGUAUUCAUGACCAGCAUAUAAGGGUGGAAGUUGAUGCCGAAAUUGAUGCCAGGUCAAAACCACCAAUUAGUACAGAAAAGCAUCAAUGGCAAAUAAAUGACAUUGAAAUUAGCAAUCGUAAAGAAGAAUCGCCGCCGGGUACAAGAUAUCGGGAUGAUGGAUAUUCAAGUUCUUCCCGCGAUUAUAGAAGAUCAUCUGCAGAAAAAGAGAGGUACAAGAACACAGUAGAUGAUCGUCCAGUGAAUGAUAAGUACAUGAGUGAUAAAGAGAAAGACAAACAAAUUGAAAUGCUUAAAAAGAUGAAUAUUCGCUUACGACAGGAAAAGAAAGAAAUAGAAAGACGGACAAAUGAGUUAACCAAACUAUUGUCGAGGCAGAUGAAGAACAGCAACCAUUUUGAAAAUUGUGACGAUGACCUUUCCACCUCAAAAAUUGCCAAAAGAUUCAAAUUGUUAUACGAUGAUAAAUGGGUUCAACUGUGCAAAUGGAUGAUGCAAACAUUCAGACAGAUUCCAGAAGUUAAGAUUAUUCAAUGCCUUUCACUGCUGAUUAAGUCAUGCUACAAAGAAUGUCUCAACAUGGCUGACAAUCAAGUCCGGCAGUUUUUGAUUCUUAACGAAAGUGACGACAUACCAAUGUAUGAGAAGCAUCCCGAACUCUUUGCUCUUAGAAAACAGUACGCACAGACUGAUACUUUGAGACUCCAAGUAAAGAAUAUUGUAAAGGAUAAAGUUCAUGUGGAGAAGACUCUCUUUGAACACUGUCAAGAAAGCAAAACACACGGUCUUUUAGACAGAGUAGAAACAUUUCUAGACGAGUACAUAGAUUGUUGUUGGCUUAUGACAGUGUCGAGACCUACAAUGUCUCUCAACUUUGAUGUAGUUGGCAAGAUGUACAGCGAGUGUGCAGACCAAUUUUCUGUUUUAUCUCUAAAAAGAAAUAUAGACGACCCUACCAAAACUGCAGGCACAGUUUAUGAAGUUGUUUGGCCAUCGGUCCACCUAAAAUUUGAAUCAGAACUUUAUACUAAAGGGGACGCAAUUGUGAUUACAAAUAAAACAAAAGAUGCAUUUUCACAAACCUAAACAAUGCAAGCAUAAUUCGGAAACACAUUCAUAACACUAUAACAGUUUGAAGAUAUAAAUUAUAUGAAGACACCUAAAAAUACAAAUACAUGUGUGAUUUUUUGUGGGUUUUUUUGUGUGUGUGUUGUUUUUUUUGUUUU